GACUUCUGCCUGUAAUCAGUGCACAACAGAGCCCCAACCAGUUUCACACCCAACGCCGUAAAUCCAGCAAAGAUGAAAUUCUUCGUCGUUGUUGCCCUGGCCCUGAUCGCCACCGUGGCCGCCCAGGAGAAGUACACCACCAAGUACGAUGGUGUCGAUCUGGAUGAGAUCCUGAAGUCGGACCGCCUGUUCAACAACUACUACAAGUGUCUGAUGGACAUCGGUCGCUGCACCCCCGACGGUAACGAGCUGAAGCGCAUCCUGCCCGAUGCCCUCAAGACCGACUGUGCCAAGUGCAGUGAGAAGCAGAAGAGCGGCACCGAUAAGGUGAUCAACUAUCUGAUCGAUAACCGCAAGAGCCAGUGGGAAGCUCUGCAGAAGAAGUACGACCCGGAGAACGUGUACGUCAACAAGUACCGUGAGGACGCCAAGAAGAAGGGCAUCAACCUGUAAGGACCUGGACCCUACGCCUGCCCACGUCCCCGGAUGUAAUCGACGACAAACCCGCACCCAGUAACCUGGCCUCCUCUCGAUCCUUCCACGGACUACGGACAACGAACGGGAUGAUGAUCGCGUAACGGGCCGGGCGCAUGUUACGAGAUUGAAGAAAACAAACAAAAAAAAAAACGAGACGAAAAACAAAACAGACA